AUGGAUUUUGUCGAUGAAAAGCUCAAUCCGCGAGUUGAAGUUAAGAAUGUGAAGCGAUGGCUGGCUCAUGUGCUACUUACCACGACUGUUAAUCUAGUAUCAGCGCUACCAAACACAAAUUCUUCUCAAAAUGUUGAUUUUGACUUCCCCAGCGAACAUUUCUAUAAUUCGGACUUGUUUGGAGUCUCGACAGCGACCGCUAUUCAGGUACGUCCCUCUUCAGAAGCCAAGCCAGUAUAUCUGAUUGUAGAACAGCCAUCUGCCGACCUGAAACCCCUUGGAUUCAAGUCCGAUCCCUAUGGCGUAGCAGUGGAUGCCCUCAAGCUUGCGUUGGUGCAAUUAUAUCCUCCACCAGGAAGUCCACAACCAGAUCCGAAACUUCAUCCGGAGGUUGAUAAUGUUCUUAUCGGCAAUGACCAGCUCAAAAUGUUUGUAGCCCAGUAUGGAGAGGGCCAGAAUAUUGCCUUUACGAUUCUACAGCCGUCGUAUGAAGACGUGCAGGGUGCAUCGAUCUUGCUGAGCAUGAAGACUCCCUUGCUUUCCAAGGACUGCAUCUAUGCAAUGCUUAUGGUCGACCCAUGGAAUCCGAUCUAUUCGUGGAAGAGGGGAGUUCUCAUGCAAUACGUGCCAGAUAUUACCCAUCUCCCCGGGAAUUUUGAUCCAAAGGCCAGCCCACCGCAGAAAUAUGACCUGGAAGCAAAAAUUGAAGCCGCCGUCAGGGAAAGCCCUCGCUUCAAAAACGAAACAGACAGCCCCGAACGUGAGUUCAUCGCCAAUCUCGAAGAGCAACGCAAAGGAAAUUCUAGCUUCUCCAAUAGAAUGACCGACUACUUGGAGAAAGUCGCUGGACGAUUGGGCGAUCCGAAGCAAGUCAAUGCUGCAAUGAUAGAUUUUAUGACACUUGCUGAGUCUCGGAGACGAAUCUAUAGGCCAGUGCCGCUGGACGAAUUCGACCUGACACUGCCAUGGGCCACAAACUACAAUCAUGACGCCCCGUUGGAGAUGAGGCCGGAUGGCACUAUCAGUGCAAUUGCCCCUCGAGGAGUCAAGUUCUUCAGAGACUGGAUUGGUUCACUGGCAUCGUCCAACCCACAAAUGAUGCCUAGAUCUGACAAGGACGACCCUGAUGACCAUGUUGAUGGACCUAUCAUCCACAAUCAGUCAACACUGGCUGCUCGUACCGCAGCUAUUGGUUGCCAGAGCUCGCCCACUCUCCAAAAUAUUCGGAGAGGUCAAUGUCCAGUCCUAUCCUCGAGGAAACGUGCGGUAUGUCGUCCUGACCCCAGUUUUACGCAGUCUGCUAAGACCGUGAGUCCCACAUGGGAGCAUGAUAUCAAAGACCUAUUCACAAUGCCGUAUUGGAUUGAGCCAUUGGAAAAGCGAGUCCAAGUGGGGAAACACUGGGUCGGCGCAAUGAAACACUUUGGUGCUCCGAUUCCUCCCUGGACAGCCGACGCAGAGAAUUUGGGCUUGGAUAACUAUGAUCAAGUCAAGCUCCAGGCGGUCACUAUCUACCAUCAUGUUGCGUCUCGCUCAAUGCCUAUUACGAGCGAUCCGACCGAGUAUUGGCCAGGGGAUGCUCUAGAGUUACUUCGAACGUGGAUCAACCAGGGCUGUAGAAAGAGCGAAUCAGACAAUAUUUCUGCCCCUCUUGUGCCACUGGAGCGGUUUAGAACACCGCUCUUUCGAACUCGCAAAGAUAUUCGUGAACUAACUCUUAUUGAACUGUCGCAGUACAGGGCCAAGCUACGGAAUGUGCUAGGAGUAGGGUCACUGAAAUCGAAGUGGCAGGAGCUUGGUGAACUGCAACUAACUGGCGCAGAUGCUUGGUGGUGCCUGCACUAUCAAGAGGCUACAUUUUUCUGGCAUCGCUGUUAUUUGAAAUAUGUGGAAGAGCUGAUUGACUUCCCCAUUCCGUACUGGAAUGGGUUUGCAGCUGAUGCAGCUAAUCCGGAUUCUCGAUAUGCUGGGAUCCCGGAGAUCUUCCUGGAAGACACCUACACGGAUCCAGAUGGGACAACACACAAGAACCCUCUACGUUGGGCAUACAGUUAUCAGGGUAAAUCAAAAUCGAACCCCAAAACACCCUACGUUCAACGCAACCCAAUUCUCGUGAAUGGUAGGCCUAGCCAGCCUGGGCCCGCCCGUGAAGCCUGGAACAAGCAGAUCAACCUGUUCAAUCUGUACCACCAACAGAUUGUCACGUCCAUGCAACAACCCGUCUUCAGUCUUCCUCAAUACAAUCCCACUCCUCAAACUACUGCUGAAGCAGCAUGGGCGGCCCUUCCUGAAUUUCUGCAGGAAAUGCCUGACUCAGACUACACCGUCGCCUACGGCACUUUCGAUGGGCAUUUCGAGCAGGCACACGAUAAUUUCCACGGAUGGACUGGUGGUGCAGUUGGGGAAAUGGCGGAUAACACAUAUACGGCCUUCGAUCCGAUUUUCCUGUCGUAUCAUUGCAACAUGGACCGACUUUUCGAGCACUACCUGCGUUCAAAUCCUGGUACCAAGGUGACAGCGGAAUUCCCACUGCGACCGUUCGUGGAUCAGGCCCAUGCUCUAGACUUGGUCAAUCCGAAUGCUUGGGCCUACACUACCACUGGGGACGUUGCCAAACCUACCGCUGCUCUUGGCUACGUAUAUGCCCCGCCGGCGAGCCCUGAUGUUUUCGAGCUUCCGAAGCCAAGAUCGAAAGUCGCCAAAGCUAGCGGCGGCGGGACUCUGACUUUGCUCUCAACUCCCAAAAAGCAGACUGGAGGAAGUGCCAAUGCCCCGCAAGCUGGUAAAGCAAAGCAAUUGAAACCUUGCGUUGUAUUCGAAAAUGUUGGCUGCACUGAAGCAUCAUACGAGAUCGACAUUUUCCUGAAUGGCACAAAGUCACAACUGUCCGACCCGGUCAACAAUCCCGACUUCAUCGGCAGGAUUUUCCGCAUGGGUAUGGGCAGAUCACUAGCAGGAGUCGAGUUAAAAAACAAGGGUAGAUGCCUGAAAGAAACGGUCACACGGGUUAUCGAUGCGGGAGCAGUAGUCGAUAAGAUCAAGGAGCGAGGAUGGUUCCAGGUCGUAAGGGAGCUAGAUGGCAGUAGCGAGGGGAGGCUGAUGCCAGAGCACGAGUGGAAAGCCAAGAAAGGGUUCAAGGGAAAGCUGUUGUGGAUUGCUAAACAAGACAUGGGCUAG